GUUUCACUUCCUCACUUCCGGUCUGCGGGGUUGUUGUAGCAGGAGUUUCUUUGGUUCGGCUGCUCGCUGUUGUGCAAAACAAUCCGCAGGUGUUGUCGGUGCGUCGGCGCUGCGAUGUAUCACCAGUCCGUGCUGAAGAACAGACGCAGCCUCCUCGAGAGGGCGGAGAAGUUCGUCUCGGAGAAUUACUUCACCGACUGCAAUCUGAGAGGACGACUCCACGGAAACUCUCGGCCGCCGGAGUCCCUCGCCUCCUUCUUGACUCCUGAACGGAUCACAUUCACAGAAGCUUCCCAGCAGAACUUUGCACCUCAUCAAGUCGGGGACACCUUUGGACCGACGUGGUGGACCUGCUGGUUUAGGUUAACCCUGAACAUCCCUGAGUCGUGGAGAGGUAACGAGGUUCAUCUCCUGUGGGAAAGUGAUGGGGAAGCGAUGGUGUGGCGAGAUGGACAGCCGGUGCAGGGCCUGACUAAAGAAGGUGAAAAGACAAGUUACAUCCUAUCUACCUGCCUGAAAGACGAGGAGCCACACAGCGUCACCCUUUAUGUAGAGAUGGCCUGUAAUGGGCUUUUUGGAAAUGGCCGAGGGUCCAUGAUUGCGCCUCCAGACCCGAACAGGAAGUUUUCUGUAAAGCGAGCUGAGCUGGUGGUAUUUAACCGCGAUGUGAGGGAGCUGCUGACUGAUUUCGAGAUGCUUAUUGACAUUGUGAAGGAACUGGGAGAGGGAGAGCAGCGAGGCUACCAGGCACUGUUCACUGUGAAUGAGAUGGUCAACCUCUGUGAGCCCUCUGAUCCCGGCUCGUUCUCCAAAGCACACAGUCUGGCUCACAACUUCUUCAGCCAGCGGAACGGGGAAAGCCAGCACACCGUCCACGCAAUGGGUCACUGCCACAUAGACACAGCCUGGCUGUGGCCCUUUGAAGAGACCAUUCGCAAAUGUGGCCGAAGUUGGGUGACGGCGAUCCGUUUAAUGGAGAAGAACCCAGAGUUUGUGUUUGCUUGCUCUCAGGCCCAGCAGUUCCAGUGGAUAAAGAGCUGGUACCCGGGACUCUACUCCCAGAUACAGGAUUACGUGAAGAAAGGCCAGUUCAUUCCAGUUGGAGGAGUGUGGGUGGAAAUGGAUGGAAAUCUGCCCUCUGGAGAGUCCAUGGUCAGGCAGUUCCUGGAGGGACAGCGCUUCUUUGACCAAGAGUUUGGGAUCACUUGCCGAGAGUUCUGGCUUCCAGAUACAUUUGGCUACUCCGCUCAACUUCCUCAAAUAAUGCAGGGUUGUGGCCUUUCCACAUUUUUGACACAGAAGCUGAGCUUUAACCUGGUCAACACCUUUCCUCACCACUCGUUUUUCUGGGAAGGUCUGGAUGGGUCCAAGGUCUUAACACACUUCCCACCAGGAAAUUCCUAUGGAAUGAAUGGCAAGGUCGAAGACCUUUUGAAAACAAUGAAGAAUAACAAAGACAAAGGCAGAGCCAACCACAGCGCAUUGUUGUUUGGUUUUGGUGACGGUGGCGGCGGACCCACACAGCUGAUGUUAGACAGACUGCAAAGGGUCCGGGACACAGAUGGGCUUCCCAAAGUCCAGAUGUCUAGUCCCAACAGGUUUUUCUCUCAGCUUCAGGCUGACUCUGCUCUGCUGUGCACCUGGAGCGGCGAGCUCUUCCUGGAGCUGCACAAUGGCACCUACACCACACAGGCACAGAUUAAACGAGGGAACCGCCAAUGUGAGACACUCCUUCACGAUGUGGAGGUAGCCAGCAGCUUGGCACUGUGUCGGGACGGGAAUUUUAAGUAUCCUGUUGAAAAACUGCAGCAGCUGUGGAGGCUGCUUCUUCUAAACCAGUUCCAUGAUGUGAUCCCUGGCUCCUGUAUAGAGAUGGUUGUGGAGGAAGCACUCCGAUAUUAUGAAGAUAUCCGCAGUGAUGGUACUGCACUGCUGCGUGAGGCGUGUGGAGCCCUGGGGUCAAAAGGAAAGAGCGCUGGUGUUUUCAACUCUUUGCCAUGGGAGCGCAAUGAAGUCAUCCAGACUCAAGAGGGUGCUGGUAAACCUGAUCUUGUGCUGGUGAGAGUUCCCAGUGUCGGUGUAUCUCCUGUCAAAGAUGCAGAGCCUCUGGCUCCAGUCUCUGUCACUGUCCAGGCCGACGGCACUGUCCUCAUGGAGAACGGGAUUUUACAGACGGUCGUAAACAAAGACGGCACUUUGGCAUCGCUGUAUUUGAACAAUGCAAACAGAGAAGCACUCACUGACGGUUGUCAUGGGAACCAGUUUGUGAUAUUUGAUGAUGUCCCCCUGUACUGGGAUGCCUGGGAUGUAAUGGACUAUCAUCUUCAGACAAGGAAGCUGGUGCAGGAGGUGGUGCAGCCCGUUCAUGUGGUGUCCUCAGGUGGACUACGAGGCAGCAUCAGCUUCUCCCUCAGGAUCAGCGAUAAGAGCACCAUCACACAGACCAUUGUCAUGGAUGCCAUGUGUCCUUACAUCAAAUUCAACACAGAGGUGAAGUGGGCAGAGUCACACAAGUUUCUCAAGGUGGAGUUCCCAGUGCGAGUGCACAACCCCAAUGCUACAUACGAGAUCCAAUUUGGCCACCUGCAGAGACCCACACACAGGAACACCUCAUGGGAUUGGGCCAGAUUUGAGGUUUGGGGUCACAGGUGGGCUGACUUGUCAGAGCACAACUUCGGAGUUGCACUGCUGAAUGACUGCAAAUACGGCUAUUCAGUCCACAAGAACACAAUGACACUAUCCCUACUGAGAGCACCCAAGUCUCCGGACGCCAAUGCUGACAUGGGGACUCACCAUUUCACCUAUGCAAUCAUGCCACACUCAGGAUCCUUCCAAGAUGCCUCUGUAAUCCAGUGUGCUUACAACCUCAAUUUCCCUCUGAGGUUAAUCCAGUGUGAUCCUGACACUGUGCCCUGGAGCGCCUUUUCCACCAGCGCUCAAGCCGUCGUCCUGGAAACCAUUAAACAGGCUGAGGACCGGAAGGGGGCACUUAUAGUCCGACUAUUCGAGUCACAUGGGAGCAGCGUGACGGCGACUCUCUGCACCACCCUUCCAGUGAAGGAGGCCUGGCAUUGUGACCUCCUGGAGAGACGGGACCCCACCAAGCCAGCACACAUAACGUCAGGGGGAAUCACUCUGAACUUCAGCCCCUUUCAGAUUGUGUCACUUCUCCUCAUCCUGUGAUUACAAAUUCCCAGGUUGAACAGAUUUGGAAUACUGAUUAAACGUAUGUGGGAUUGAGAAAAACAAAAUGAAUCACUGAUCUGUCGGUCUAAUGAGGACAUUUUUCCUGAUGGUAGAAUCUGUUGCUUGUGUUCUGUUGACAGUCGAUUGGGUCUGUAGAUUGUAGAAUUGUUUGAUAUUCAAUGCAGCACAUCCAUUUGAGAUACACACUGUUGCCAAAAGCCAAAAAAUAAUGUUGUUACUUUGCUUCAAAUCAAGCAAUUGUAGAACUUUUGAAGAAAAAUGUUUUAUUAAAAAAAUGUAAUAGUAUAAAAAACCCAA